AUGUCGAGUGAGCCGUGGGAGACCGGGCUGGACCACAUGGAGAAGUGGAAGCUCGGAGCUCUCAGGCACGACCUGAACAUCUACAAGCAUCAUCAGAGCGGCCUUCGAGUCGCUGUCUGCAAGCUGCCCGGUCCUCUCUGCCAGGCAGACAUCGUCAUCCCCACAGCGUGCCAGGACGACAAGGGGCUGCCGCAUUGCCUAGAGCAUCUGAUCUUCAUGGGGAGCGCGAGGUAUCCCUCCCGCGGCUUCCUCGACAAGCUCGCAAACCUCUGCAUCUCCCAGGGGACUAACGCCUGGACUGAUCGCGACCACACGGCCUACAAUGCUGUGACCGCCGGAUCCAACGGGAUGCUGCAGCUGCUUCCAGUGUUCCUGGACCACGUGUUCUCCCCGACGCUGACGGAGGAGCAGUUCCUGACUGAGGUCUUCCACUUCGACGGGGACGGGAAGGUGAAAGGAGUUGUGUUCUGUGAGAUGCAGGGCAGGGAGGCGACGGAGGACGAUCUACUGGACAACAAGCUGCACCACUUACUCUACCCCGGCACAGCCUACCAGUACGAGUGCGGAGGGCUGACCAAGGAUAUCGUCACCCUCAACAAUCAGAUGGUCAGGGACUAUCAUCGCAAGUUCUACCAGCCGGAGAAAUGCUUCAUCCUCGUCCAUGGACAGAUCGAGGAGAACAAACUGCUCGCUGCGAUCGACCAGUGGUGGGCCAACGCUGAGCUGCCACCGAAAAGGGAGGAGGAGGAGCGAGCCUGGAGCAGCGUCCCGCCUCCGAUGCAGGAGAGCUCUUCUGCCGUCGUUGAGUUCGCUGCUGCCGAUGAGUCCGUCGGGUCAGUCGCCUUCGCAUGGAGCGGCCCCCCCCUCUCCGAUGUCACCACCUGCACUGCCCUCAGCGUCCUUUUCCGCUUCCUCCACGAGGGGGCAGCUUCUCCGCUCUCGCAGAAGUUCGUGGAGAGCAAGGAGCCCAAGGCCUCCUCCAUCGACUUCGACCUCGAGCUCCGCCUCCGCACCGCCAUCACCUUGCAGUUCAACGGGGUGCCGUAUAAGCAUGACGAGGAGGGCGAGGAGGAGGCGGAGGGAGAGGAGGAGGAGGAGGGGGGGGAGGGCUCAGAGAUGGAAAUGGAGGAUGGGAGCCUUGGCUCACCCUCGGGAGGGUCCAACUCCUCCCGUACCAACAGCACGGCAUCGGAGGGGAGCAGCACGGCCAACCGCACGCGGCUGCUGGAGGAGGGAGUCCUCUGGGCUGAAGCGUUGGAACGCCAUCUUGUGAAGCUGCUAGAGGAGUGUGAGGACGAGCCAUCGGAUGCCCUGCAGAACUACGUGCUGCCUGAGCUGCUGUUUAUGGAGCACAUGUCGGGAAAGGAGAAGAAGGACUGGAGCUCAAGGCUGGACCCCACCAGGAUCUUCGAGGAGCUGAGAAAGAAGGACAACAAGUACUGGAUGGACCUGCUGGACCAGUGGAUACUGAAGGCUCCUCGGGCGGAGGUGAUCAUGAAGCCAAGUCACGACCUGGUGGCACAGCGAGCGGAGGAGGAGGAAAAGCUGCUCGAGCAACGGCGCAAGGAGCUCGGAGACGAGGGGCUGCUGGAGGCAGGAAGGAGGAGCGAGCAUGCAGUCAAGGCUAACGUCCCCGGAGAGUUCCCUCCUCCCGGCUUCACCCCUCCCUCCAUGCCGCAGCCCUCCAGCAUCUCCUCUUUCCCCCUCGAGCAGCAGAUCCAAACUCUCUCCCUCCUCCCCGACGGCAGCCCCAUGACCCUUCAGCUCGUCCGCACCGCCACCGCCUUCCUCUCCGUCACCGUAGGCAAGGCUGCGGUGAAGGCAAGGCUGGAGGAGACGGUGUCCAUGGGCUGCGCCGUUGGAUGGUCGGGAUCCGGUUUCUUUGCUUCCGUUCUACCCCAACUCGUCUUCGUGUCCGGGGUGGCGCUGCCGCAGGAAGGAGGGUAUGACAAGCUCUGCGACUGGAUGAAGAGGAUUGUGUACGAGACGAAGAUAGACGAGGAGAGAGUGAAGACUUGCCUCAAGAACCUUCGAAAGGACAUCACCUCCUCCCUCAGAGACGGCUCGACCAUCUGCAGCAGCGUGCGGAUCUACCUCACCAACUCUCAGCUGCAGGACGAGCUCGGGUCACCUUCCUCGGAGCUGGAGAUGAGCAACGUGCGCGCUGUCUCCCUCCUCACCCAGAAGCCCUUCAUCGACAAGCUCGCCCGCCAGCUGACGGCCUGCAGAGACAGCAACUUCACGGGAGGAGGGGACGAAGCGAACGUCUCCUCCUCUUCCUCCUCCUCCUCCCUGUCCGACCGCAGCAAGGGCAACAAGACGGAGAUCGACAGGAUCGUGGAGGAUCUGAAGACGCUGAGGAGCCUCAUCGUGUCGGAGGAGGAGGAGAGCAACGCGAGAUUCGCGCAGAUCAUCGCCCCUCUGCCCGCAGAGCACUGCUCCUCCCUUACCGACGACGAGCUUUGUCAGCGUUUCCUCUCGAGCAUGCGCACUGGCACCUCGUUCCUCGCCAGCACCGAGAGGCCCCUGACCCUCUCGGGGCAGGACAAGAGGAGGAAGCGAUCGUCCUUAGACGACCCUGGCAUGAAGCAGGAGAACAAGGGGAGGAGGAGGAGGAGGGAGAGCGUCUGCCUCACUCGUGGUCCCCUCCGCAACAACGUCGUCGAGCAUGCAGUCGCUGUGUCGCUCAAGGGCAUCGACUCUUCCUACCUCGAGCUCGUCAUCCCCUGCUCCCUCCACAAGCUCGACGACGACCUCUUCCCGGUGAUGCUCUUCGCCGAGCUUCUGUCUCGGUCGGAAGGCCCCCUCUGGAAUCGCAUCCGAGGAAAGGGUCUCGCCUAUCACUCCCUCCUCGAGGCGCUGGAAGAAUUUCUCACAAUCCUCAAGGAGGUUGAGGAGGAGGUGGAGGAGGCCGAGCGCCAGGAAGAGGGUGGGGGCUCAGCUGGGGAAGGAGCCGGGGAGGCAGCAGGGAAGCACAUGAGGAAAGUGCUGGAGGAGUCUAAGGCGUCGCUCCUGUUCUCGGCCUACUUCUGGGGCGUCACCGAGCCGAUGGACGAGAUGGAGAGAGAGACGCAGGCAAUCGAGAGCGUGUCGCUUGCUGACCUGCGAAGAGUCUUCAACAGGUACUUCAAGAGCUUCCUGGAGCCGGGAAAUCGCUGCACCGUCUUGGUGUGCCCGGCAGGGAAGGGGGAGGGGUACGCGACAGAGCUGGAGGGGCUGCUGGGCCAUCCAGUGAAGAGCUGCAAGGUCGCGGAUUUCUUUGCUGAGGUCUAG